AUGAAGUUACUUUUAUUCUUCAUAACUCUCAUUCAAGGUGUCAUUCUUAUCUCAGGUGACAAUUAUACAAAAGGUUCAGCUCUUUACACAUAUCCUAACGCUGCUACUGUUGCUGUUCCAUAUCCAACCACAUUCCAAGAAAAUUAUAAUGGUGACCUUAAAUUUUUGGUUUUUGGUGAUUGGGGACAGUUAGGAAAACAAACUGGUCAAGCUCAAGUAGCUGCUGGUAUGACAACUUGGGCUAAUGCUAAUUCUACAACAUUUAUGUUAAAUCUUGGAGAUAAUUUCUAUCAAUCAAACAAUGCUCCUAAGGGUACUGCAUUUAAUAAUGCAAGUGAUUACGAAGGUGUAUUCAGUGAAACUGAUCCAAAAUGGAAAAGUUAUUGGUUAGAUGUGUAUGGUGGCCAAUUGGCAAAUAUAACUUGGUAUUCCAUAGCAGGAAACCAUGAUUGGUACAAUAAUGUCACCGCAGAAGUUGACUAUUUCUGGGAUAUUGAUUCGAGAUUCUUUCUUCCUGCACUUUAUUACACUCGAAAAGUUACAUUUGGUAAUGGUGUAACCGCCGCCUUUAUUCACAUAGAUACAAAUCCAUUUUAUUAUAAUUACACUAACUAUACUAAAGUUAAUAAUAUGAAAUCAAACCUUCAAACUUUUAAUUUAUACAAUGAUGCUGGAACUAACGCUACAUUGAAAUGGCUCGAUGAUCAAUUGACAGCUGUAGAUGAUUGUGAUUGGAUUUUCGUUGUCGGUCAUCAUCCACUUGUUGGCGAUUGCCGACUUUAUGAUCCUAAGGAUUAUUAUGAAAUGUAUCGACUUGUACCAUACCUUGAAAAACAUAAAGUAUCUGCCUAUUUUAAUGGUCAUACCCAUGAACUUGCCGUUUCGGUUGCCAAUUCAACUUCUCCUGUUACUUAUUUCGGUUCCGGUGCUGGUGGUGCUUCACUUGGUUCUGCUUGUCCUAAUCCUACUUGGACUGUUCCUAAUACUUUUGGUUUCUUAUCUAUUUAUAUCCCGGCUGAUGGAAAAACUUUACAAUACCAAUAUGUUAGUGCAAAUACUACCAACGCUCCUACUCAAGUCCUUUAUUCGGGUACUGUUAAUGCUCAAUCUGCAACAAUGUAUUUUAUUACAUCUUUAAAUUUUUAUAAUUCUACUAGUACUAUAAUAUUUCUCUAG